AUGUCUCAGCAAUCGGACAUCAACCUGUACACCACCCAGACGCCUAAUGGCAUCAAGGUCUCCAUCACUUUGGAGGAAUUAGGUCUCCCAUACAAAGUCCACAAGAUCGACAUCUCCAAGAACACCCAAAAGGAAGAAUGGUUCCUGAAGAUGAACCCCAAUGGGCGAAUCCCCACACUGACCGACACCUUCACCGAUGGCGAGACUAUCAACCUCUUCGAAUCCGGAAGCAUCAUGGAGUACCUUGUCGAUCGUUACGACUCAGAUCACAAGAUCAGCUUUCCCAAGGGAACACGAGACUGGUAUGCCAUGAAAAAUUGGCUUUACUUUCAGAACGCCGGCGUUGGUCCGAUGCAGGGUCAAGCUAACCAUUUCACACGAUAUGCGCCUGAGCACAUUGAGUACGGUGUCAAGCGAUACCAGAACGAGACACGUCGUCUGUACUCAGUGCUUGACAAGCAUCUUGCUUCAGAUAACAGGCCGUAUCUUUGUGGCGAGAAAUGUACAAUUGCCGAUAUUUCGCACUAUGGCUGGGUGGCGUCCGCAGGCUGGGCUGGGGUUGAUAUUGACGAAUUUCCUGCCCUCAAGGCCUGGGAAGAGCGCAUGACAUCCCGACCUGGUGUUGAAAAGGGUCGUCAUGUCCCGGACCCUCACACGAUCAAGGAGCUCCUCGCAGACAAGAACAAGAUGGAGGAGUACGCUGCCAAGAGCCGCAAAUGGAUCCAGGGCGGCAUGAAGCAGGAUGCCGAGAAGCAAAAGUAA